UGAUAUUUGAUUUGUCGUUAGAAAUCAUCAAGUUAAAAAAAUGAGUCGAAAUAAUUGUCGAAGUCUCGCCAAACAAUUGAAAAACUUUUUGAACAAAGAAAAUGUGGAAAUGAUUGAAAAUCUUUCAAAAGAAACGAAAGGCCAUGGAAAAGAAGAUCGACCAAUAAAAACCCGAGAGCGUUCGGUAUUGAAGCGGCGAGAGGAUAGGUCGCUCGAUCGAUACAUGUCAUUUGCACCAAAAAAUCGCAAUUCAAAGCUGAGAUCAUUGAUUCGAAAUGGUUUCAUUGGUAUUAUUGUCCCCUUGUUCUUUGUGACGGCUUAUAUUUUUGGCGUUAUUGAUGGUUUCACUGGCGAACGUUAUCCAUUCAGUUGGCUUAUAAAUUACUAUCCGAAAAUUUAUUAUUGAUUUUGUAAGCCAAGCUAAAAUAAAAAACACCUUCGAA